AUGGCGACCAAGAGCGCCGACGCGACGACGGCGACGACGACGACGACGAGCACGACGACGACUCGAGGGCCUUUACCUUUUGGGCUCGGGCGUGAAGCCCAUUGCUCAGUGUCGUCGUGCCAGCAACCAGGUGUGCCUCUCCCCGCACCCGGAUCCCAGCUGCACGAUCAAGUCGCCCAGGCGUUGUCGACCUUGUUCUCGACCUUCUUCGCCACCUCGUUGCGCUACCUCGGCGUGUCCGAGAUCCUCGACUGGCUUCAUGUCAACGCGACCGUCGACGCCUGGCUCCUGACCGGCUUCGAGCAAGGCAGGACACCGACCGAGGUCGUCGAAGAGCUGAACCUUCUCGUCGGUAGGGGCGCGAUCAAGAGCGUCAUCGUCGCCGCUCUCAACCAGGACGACGAGGCGUGGGCGACCAGCCUGCGAGAGGUCGGCUUCAGCUCGGGUAUGAGCAUGGCCUACGAGGGCAUCAUAUCUCAGGUUGGUCAACAUCUCGGCUUUGCAUGGUGUAUCUGACCAGAGCAGCUCUAAUAUUUUCACUUCCGCUGCCAGCUCAAGUACAACAAGUCGUCGCCGAUGCCGUGCCUCCACACGCUCAUCACCCCGACCGGACUGGCGAUGCUCAAGUCGGCACCGCUCAAGCACGCCUUUCCCGUGUGCCCUCCGCGUGAACGACCGUCACCUCAACCACUGCUCAACUCGAUCCGCUCGUUGAUCGCUGCUGGCGCGUUGAGUGGUCCCGCGUGGAAGCAGGCGUCCGUGUGGCGACCCCAGGUCCGGAGGGCUUCGGCUGCCUAUCAUGCGAUGUGCAAGGAUCUAGUCAGUCACAGUUACUCUUCAGCAUUCUCUGCGGUCUUUCACAAAACUGAUCAUUGUGUGUUUCUCCCAGGCCGAAGAAGUCGUUUCCGAUCCCGCUUUUUCGACCGAGUACAACAUCUUCCUCGAUUCCAUCUCACAGCCCCUCCAAUUGCUGCAACUCGUCGCCGAGGACUUUGAGGAAUGUUUUGGCCCGGGUGCGUGUAAAGGGCUACUUGGCGUCGGUGACGUGGGCGGACAGAACCUCAUUCAGAUCAUGGUCAGUCCGGUUCGUAAGGGGAAGACAAGGCACACAAAGCAAAGGCAGAAACGCUGAUCUCACGUCGAGCUGGAUCCCGAAAUAUAGGACUUUUGUGCCGCCAAGCGACCCUCGGAAUUGAUAGCUCGCGUCAAGGCUCGGGUUUCGGAAAAGCAAGAGCGAGAAAGGAUCGCGACUUUGCUCGAGAAGAAGCGCGCUCGACGAGGGGAGAUCAUCGCGGAGCAGCUCGGGUGGGCCAACGAGGAAAGCUCGACGUUGAGAAAGGAAGACGAACGAGCAGAGACCAAACGCCGCAACGAACAUCUCAAAAAGGAACGAGCGACGCUCGAGGCGGCGAUCCAAUCGCUCGUAAACCGGGAGGCUGAGCUCGCAGUUGCGAGGGAGCAGGAGAGGAUCGCGAGAGCGGCUGCAACCGAAGGGUUGGCGAAUGGGAAUAUCGGAGCCGCUGCCAAGGCCCUUGGCUUAUCGGUCUCUUCGAGUGCAACGACGUCGACGAAUGCGGAAAUCGCGGAGCCGGCGAAGAAGAAAUCCGAGGAGCUCACCAUGCGACAGGGGUCGUCAAAGGACUUGCUCUUUUCCAACGUCAACGAUCCGUUCGCUGCCACCGCACCUCGAGCCGUUUCACCCUCGGUUCAGUCCGCCAAAGGAAAGGCCAAAGCUGUUCCACCCCUUCCUUCGAGUCGAUCACCUGCUCGCUAUGGACCCCGUGGAAUUGCUGUGCCGAGUCUACCUGAGCGAGCGAUGUCGCCCGUUUCUUCGACCAAAUCCACCUCUCGCGCUGCAUCGCCUGUGGCUUCACUCAAGCAAAAGCACGCGACCGCUGCGGCUUCGCUGCAUACUCCGCCUCCUUCACCUCCCCGGCAUGGUUCGCCCCUCCGAAGCCGACGUCAGCCCUACGACCCCACCUACGACGACGAGGGCGAAGAGUACGAAUACGACGGCGAACAUGGGUGCGCCGCGUGCGCGGCUGCGUUGAUCGACCGAACGAUGGGGCCCGUGUUGGCGCAACGCUCCUUGUCGGCUUCGACCAACACCUCGAGCGCUUCGUUGUACCCCAUCGAUGAACCGCUUCCCCCUCCUGAGCGAUCCCAGCCCAUCGCUACUGCGACCCAAAAGAAGUCGCCAAAGGAGGAGGGACUCCCGGUCAGGCCAACUCCUUCCCACCCGCCUCCCGCCCCGGCAUCGACUACGGCAUCCAUCCCGGUCCCUGCACCUGUUCAAAAGAAGGUUGCGGCGGAUCUGGCACAAAGUAAAUCGCCCAGACCUCAGCCAGCUAUUGGUGUCAAAUCGCUUCCCGUGAUCGCCGAUGCACCCGAGUCGAAGCCGAACCCCAAGCUCGCAGAGCCCUUGCCUCCGCCGACUCAGACCCCGACCCGUCGGACGGCCGCGCCGAUAGACACGCCUGCUGUGACACCUGCGAACAGCACUGGAUCCGGAUCGAAGAAGAAGAAGAAGAAGAAGGCCGCCAGCGAGGACAAGACUUCCCUCGCUAAGCCUCUCGCUAAGCCUCUAGCAUCCGUGGCCAACAUUGCGCAGGCUCAAAAGUCCGCUUCGAUACUUCCAAAGACCGACCGAUUGAUUGCAGCCAUGAACAAGGGUAUGGGCCUGCCGAUGCCCAAGCCUGCCGAUACCAUUCAAGCUUCGACCUUACCACCUUACGUCGACGCCAGCGCCGCCGCCGUUUUCCCCGACGGCUCCAUCAACCUAAGCCGUAUUGUCGGAUCCCAACGCUUCAUCCCCAAGUGCUGUUCGCUCGAUCGAUGCACUGGCGACACGCCCAACUUCAUCGUCUGGGACCAACUCGACAUGCUCCUCGUUGAGGUGUGUGUCUCCGCGUUCAAGUACGAACUGAUCGAUAACCUCGCCGUCCCACUCGAAGCCGUGCGCGAUCGAUUCGCCAAGCAGUAUUUGCUCUCGGGCGGUAAGAUGGCGGACGCGGAUGCCGAUCCUCUCGAGAUGGACGACGUGAUGACCCAGCUCGCCGACCCCAAAAUCGGCAUGGCGAGCAUGUGGUCCAGCUUGCAACAAGAGGACGUGCAGGCGUUCACCCAGCGCGUCUUGGCCGUGGCCUUGCGCAAGUUGAUGGACGUCUUUCGCGCGCAGCUCGGUGAAGUCUGCGCGUGCCGUUUAUCGAAUCACCCCGAAGUGCUCGCGACGGCGCAUCAACGCUUGACAGAAUGCGAGCAGGCCGAUCGCAACGAACCGAUCGAACUCGGUGCGAUGCAUCAACAGACGUUCAUCAAGUGGUGUCACACUCAAUUGCGUGAAGGCAAACUGUCCGGUCCCGAAUGGCAUGGCACCGGACGACAGUACCGUGUGGCCGAUUUCUUGUUCGCUUGGAGCGACGCGUUCGAUACAGCGAUCGACCGCAUGAUCUCGCAGCAACCUUAUGCGCUCGCCAAUGACUUGACCACCUUGAUGGCCCAACUCGGAGGGGUUCGAUUGCUCGACUGGGCCCUGCGCUUGAGUCGCGAUGGGACGACGAGGGCCGAAACGGACGCGCGCAUGACGAUGCAGGAGGUCGUCAACAUACCCGAGGACAAGCGCUCGCUGAAGGAAUGGGACCGGUUGAUUAAACUUGGAGUGAAGCAGGUGAUCAAAGGUGCCGAUCUAAACGCUGCAGUCGCGGAUGAGCAAAAGCAAUUGGUGAGUUCUUUUUCCGGGUGGCAGGAUUCGACGAUGAUCUGUGCGGGGGCUAAUGUGCUAUCGCUCGUCGAUGCAGGGCAAUCAACACUUUGCUGCUUCGGAAUGGACCGAGUCCCUAACGUGCUUUGCCACAGCGUCGCUAAUCGACCCCACCGAUUCGACGUACUGGACCAACGCCGCCGCCGCUCGUCUCAAGAUCGGCGGUCGCGCGCACUUCUCGGAAGCCGUUUCGGACUGCACCUUUGCGCUCGCACUCGACCCAGGAUGCGUCAAAGCCUUGUACAGACGUGGGAACGCACUCGCCUUGUUGGGCCUAUGGGAUCGAGCCGUAGCCGAUCUGACCGAGUUGGUUCGGGUAUGCCCGACCGAUCCGAGCCGGCAAGCUUUGGCGUGGGUCAAGGCACGUCGGGCCGAGCAAGUCGCGAGGAAGAAGUAG